UCUAUUCGUCCAGCUGCUCUGAGGUCGAUCCAGAAGACACAGCAGCUAAUGAGCCUCUGAUCCAGACCCGCUGAGACUGAGCUGCCACCGCUGUGUUGGCUCCACUCACCGGCCUGCGCUGGGCAUUUAACGCCGGGUAGAAAAACCUUCCUCAAUUGUGUUAGAGGAGGAAAGAAGCGGGUCGAUAAGUGGAUCAGAUUUAUUAGCGGUCCAGAUUGGCUACGGCGAAAUGACCGAGGAGCCACAGUCUGUGGGACUGCACACCGCGCAUUUCUUCUAGGUGAGAGGAGCGCCAGACAGCGUGUCUACAAGUGCGGCACAAUCUCAAGUGGAAGGGAAAGAAGACCAUCAGGAUGGAUCUGGUCAAACUUGCAGUGACCUUCCACAUUCUUCUGUGUUCUGCGUGGGCCCGUCACUCUCACAUGGACAGCAUCCUGUCAGCCCGCUCAGCUCUCAGGUUUCUGGCUGAGCCGUUGACGUUUGACCCCUGCUGUCUCGCGUCACCGCCGCCCCCGCCGCUCUUCCCCCCGCCACCUCAGCUGUGGAAGCGGGGCAGCCCCGAUGGUAUUAGCGUGUUGGAUCCAAGUGUUUAUGGAGGAGAGGUAAAGGAAAAACUAAAACAUGUGAUAUCUGGCUGUUCACCUGGACCUCCAGGACCUGCAGGACCCCAGGGCCCAGAGGGUCAAGGUGGAUUACCUGGCAUAAGAGGACCGAAAGGGGAGAAGGGAGAAAUUGGACGUCCGGGGUCAAAGGGGCGCACAGGGGCUCCAGGCCUCCCAGGGAAACUAGGACUACCAGGAUGGCCCGGUCCAGAAGGAUCUGAGGGUGAGAAAGGAGAUCCAGGACUCAUGGGAUUACCAGGACUGAGGGGACCACCGGGGACAAAGGGUUUGUCUGGUUACAAAGGAGAUAAGGGGUCUUAUGGUGACCCUGGAGCAGCAGGACCAAAAGGCGAUAAGGGUUCCAUUGGUUUGCCUGGGAUGCUUGGACAGAAGGGUGAGCAGGGACCAAAGGGAGGGCCAGGCAACGCAGGGAAGAGAGGACCUACUGGGCGGCCAGGGAAGAGAGGCAAACAGGGUACAAAGGGACACUCUGGAUCCCCAGGAGCCAUGGGCCCCCAAGGACCCUCGGGGCCAAACGGCCAUCCAGGGCCACCGGGUCCGCCUGCGUCAGGUCUCUAUCUAGUAGGGGAAAAGGGAGACAAGGGUCCUGCUGGGGCACCAGGUCGCUGUGACUGUGAUUCCACAGCUGGAGCGAAUAAUGCUCCUUUUGGAAGCUACACACAACGGGGCGGCCUCAAUAAAGUCCCUGCAAUAUUUGUGGUAAACAGUGAGGAGGAGAUGGAGCGUCUACGCUUAGACAACGCGAUAGCAUUCAGGAAGGAUCAGAGGGUGCUGUACUUCAAAGACAAAGACGGGUGGAAACCCAUACAGCCCUUCCAGCCGUUCCAGUCCACAGAGAAAGUCCCGGACAGAGUCGGUUUGUGCGGGGACGGAAAAGUGCAGACGCAGCACGGAGAGGAGUGUGACGAUGGAAACCAGAUCGUCACUGAUGCUUGUCUCAACUGUAAGUGGGCUUACUGUGGAGAUGGCUACCGACAUGAUGGCAUUGAGGAGUGUGACGGAAAGGACUUUGGUUAUCAGACCUGCAAAUCCUAUCUUCCCGGGUCCUUCGGGCAGCUCAGAUGCACCGACUCCUGCCUCAUUGAUUCCACUGAUUGCAAGUAUUUCACCUGAACUGGAAAGUGAGAAAAAUUUGCCGAUUGCAACUUUGCAGUUCCUCUUUCUGCUCACAGGGAUUAUACUUCUACGGAAGUCUCACCCCUUAAAAAAAUAACUGAUGGACUGAGAGACACUAAAAAGGGAAGCUCUUGUGCCUUGAGCCAGGAAAAGUCAUGGGAGCUUUGAAUCGACCGUCUCCCCUGCAGGUUUCAUUCUUUUACUGGCCUCAGGGAGCAGCUUCCUGUUACUGUCAUCGGCUGCAGCACUGUUAUUGACACCGGUGGUGGUGGGGAACAUUUUAAUGAUUUAAUGAUUGUAUCACAUGAAAUAGUUACAACGUGUAUGACUUGCUGACUGUUAAUGCAAAAAUAAGCUGUAUUCUGAACUUCUUUUCUAACGAGAGACAGAAAAAAAGAGCCUUUUUCCCAAAUGAGGCAAUUAUAUUAUUGAUACUAUAUAUAUACUGUAGUAUGCAAAUCAGGGGUGUGUAAAUGUGUUUAUUCCUGUGCAAUGUAUUAGGAAACAUGUAUUUAUGAAGUGCAAUGCUGUGAUAUUGCAUGUAAUUGUGUACCAGUGCACAGUGGACUGCUUUAACCAGUGCUGUAAAUGUACUAUAGCCGAAGUAUGGCCCUCUUGAAAGUGAAUGUUCAAAUACCCGACAGGAGGAAAACGAAUGUCAUACUGCAACAAGAAGAAUACCUGUGUUUACCGCAGCAGCAUGAAGAAACGGCUAAGUUACAUCAAAAUAACUCCAAAAUGAUUUCAGUAAAAUGUUAUUAGUGUAUAAUCUGCCUGCAUGACUGUAAAGUUCAUAAAACUCUGUACACUAAUAAAGAUUAG